UUAUCAAACCGCGCUCAUCAGUCGUUAGGUCCAUAGUAAGUGAGGAUGUCUAGACGCGCUGGCAGGUCCGGCAAAUCUUGAUUCCUCCCUCAUUGGCGAAUCGAAUCUGGGUUCAUCGGAUUGGCUGCUCUACUGCUACGACACUCUUCGGUCAAACUGGUUUAGCGAUUGGCGAUGUUUAGUCGGAGUUCUUCUUCGCUGUAAAAUGGACAUACUGAAUGUUCUGAGGUGCCGCCUGGAGAUCGUGGACGAUAACGUGCCAUUGAGUGAGCUGAUUGAGCAAGUUGGGCACGAAAUUCCUCGGGAAAAUUCGCUGCUGCUUAUCGAGCUGGACAAUGUCAUCAAACGGCAUCUGGAGUGGGUUCGGUGUAUGCCCAAAGUUCGGCCGAUCUACACGGUUCAUCCCUACGAAGACAUACGUAUUCUGGGAAUUGCAGUUCUGCUGGGAUGUGGAUUUGUCUGUACGACCAAGUGGGAUGCUCUGAAGUUACUGGAAAUCGGUGCCGAUCCUCGGUGGAUUUUUCUCCGAGAUGUGAAUAACCUGUCGCUGUUGAGCUUCGCAAGGCGGCAACGAAUCAAGAUUAUCUGUACCAGUGUUGAUGAACUACGCAUGGUGCAAGAGCACUUUCCAGAGGCAAGAAUCAUUCUACAAUUUUCGAAAACAAUUGUACCUGAACCAAAAGACUUGUUAACCUGUUGUGACCUGCAAUCCCGUCAGCUCCUAAGGAUUUCAAAAGAGUUAAACCUUAAAGUUGUAGGUGGACAGUACCUUGGUAAAGCCAGCAAAAAUAUCAACCCAAAUGAAGAUAUAUUCAAUCUAGCAACAGAGUUCAAUUAUCACCUGAGGUACCUUUUCCUGUCCAACAAAAUUAAGCUUAAAAAGCAUAACCCACUUACGAGUUGGACCAAAACAUUCGAUGAAAUUCUACCGGAAUAUUGCGUCGAUCAAGAUGCAGCCCUAAUGGUCGAAACAGAUCAAAUCUACUGCACUGCAGCAUGUACAGAACUUACAAGUGUAGCUGGGAAAAGACUUUUCUGGGAUCAGAAACAGCCAUCUAGAAUAGAUCGAAUUAAUUAUUACCUCAACGGAGGCUCAGCACCAUCCUCAACUAGAGAAGACUUCGACUGUCAGCCUGUAAUUUGGAAAAAUCUUUUACAGUGCGGAAGCUACAAUACCUCUUCGAUUUUUGUGCCAACGCUGAAAAAUGGAAAUAUUUCCGUAGUGAAAGAUCAGCCUUUGCCAGAACUAAGUGAGCAAGAUAUAUUGGCCUUCGAGAAUUCCUCCACCGCCAGUUCUGAUAACAGAUUUCAGCACCCAAUUCGAUUGGUUUACAUUAGGAAAAGUUCUUGGUUAUUUCUACAAACUGUUUCGAAGGCUAGGAAUCCCGAAAGGUUUAUGACACUUGUCUCUCACAUAAGAAAAUGUAACCAAAUAAAGAAGCUACAGUAUGAUUUAAUAUGAUAAAAAAAAUUAAAUAACAAUGUUCAAUCAUGAUGGAAAAGAUAAAGUUUGUCAAAAGCUUGUUUUCUACAUAUAUUACAAUCUUUCCAAAGUAUUUCUUAAGAUAUUAAGUCCAUAGAGAUUAGUUACCGCUAUUUACAAAAUUACAGAAUUAUACAUUUUAAAUUUUCUUUAUUUUUGUCUAGAUAUAUAGUACCGUUCAUAAUUGUAUAGAAAUUGAAAGCACGCUCACUGUCACUUCGACUUUGAAAUUCCAUAACUUUCUACUCUUAUUAUAUGUUUUGAU